AUGGCGGCGCGACUCGGAGGCGGCUUGCUCCUCGUAGCAGUCAUGUGCGUGGCGGCGGCGUGCGUUCCGACGAGCUGCGCGCAGCCUCCUCCGCCGACGAAGGCGCAGCUGCGCGCGGAGCUGCAGAGCAUGGCGAAGAGCAUCGUGAAGCGGUACCCGCAGUACUCGCGAUACGCGCAGGACGCCACCAAAUACAUCAACUUCGCACUGAACUCCAAGUACGAUCUGUCGGCGCUGCGAGACGCGUCCAUCCUCAUCCCCAACAACGUGCAGGCAGAAGCCCUCGCUAAGAGAAUCCCCGCUAAGAGCAGCAGCAUCCCCACACUGUACAACAUCACAGCGUUCCACAUCCUGCGCCGCCGAAUGACCCUCCCGCAGAUGAGGCAGGUGAAGCUGCGGACGGCGAUAGGCACGCAGCUGAGACAGCCGCUCUUCAAGAUGACGCCGAUGGGGAACAACAGUGCUGUGUCGUUUGCUAGAGGGCCGUACUUGAAGGCAGACCAGUGGACCACUAUUCGCAUCCCGGGCCUGUAUGUGGGGCGAUGGUUCAUUGCCCAUGGGGUGGAUCGGGUGAUCAUCCCCACUUAUACCAAGAUCUGA